AUGUUAAAGAAAAACUGCACAACAGUGACUGAGUUUAUUCUCCUGGGACUGACAGAUCGAGCGGAGUUGCAGCCUGGCCUCUUUGUGGUUUUCCUAGUCAUCUAUCUCAUCACAGUGAUCGGCAAUGUGAGCAUGAUUUUGUUAAUCAGAAGUGACCCGAAACUUCACACUCCAAUAUACUUCUUCCUCAGUCACCUCUCCUUCGUAGAUCUCUGUUAUGUCACCAAUGUCACUCCUCAGAUGCUGGUUAACUUCUUAUCCAAGAGAAAAACUAUUUCCUUCAUUGGUUGCUUUAUUCAGUUCCACUUUUUUAUUGCCUUGGUGAUCACAGAUUAUUAUAUGCUCACAGUGAUGGCUUAUGAUCGCUACAUGGCCAUCUGUAAACCCUUGCUGUAUGGUAGCAAAAUGUCCAGGUGUGUCUGCUUGUCUCUCGUUGCUACUCCUUACAUUUAUGGCUUUGCAAACGGUCUGGCACAGACCAUCCUGAUGCUUCGUCUCUCCUUCUGUGGACCCAACAAGAUCAACCACUUUUACUGUGCGGACCCUCCUCUUUUAGUCCUUACCUGCUCAGAUACUCAUGUCAAAGAAACUGCCAUGUUUAAAAUGUCCAUCACAAAUGAGAGUGCAAUAACAGAAUUCAUUCUCCUGGGGCUCACAUAUUGCCCUGAACUCCAGCCUCUCCUCUUUGUGCUGUUUCUGGUUGUGGACUUUGUCACCCUCAUAGGAAACCUGGGCAUGAUGAUGUUAAUCAGACUCGACUCUCGCCUUCAUGUGCCCGUGUACUUCUUCCUCACUAAUUUAGCCUUUGUAGAUUUGUGCUAUACCUCGAACGCAACCCCGCAGAUGUUGACUAAUUUCUUACCAGAAAAGAAGACCGUCACCUUCGCUGGCUGCUUUACACAGUGUUACAUAUUCAUUGCACUUCUCCUGACUGAGAUU